GUCGCAGAUGCUCAAUCUUCUGCAUUUGAGCAGUAUCUGUCCUUAUUUCGGCGAGAAAGAGGCAACCUAAUGCGGAGAGAAGGGUCAACUUCAUUGGAUCAGUAUAAACGUGGAGUAUACUCCACUUUGGAUCUAUCCUAUUCACUCAUAUCUCCACUGGCUCGAGAAUUCCUCGGGGUCUGCUCACAGCUUCACUAUACCGACAUCUCGCUUUCUAUGAUCCUUGCAGCUUCCGAAAAGGAUUUUGAAGAUCAGAAGGGCUAUGGUGAACGACCUGAAAGCCACGUGAAUGUCAAGGAACGUCUUCGGUCACUGUUCCGUCCUCACGGGAACCUCGAUGAAUCUCACAUUCGCGAGAUAAUACAAUCCUUGGUAUCGCUUUCACUGGUUCAGGUUACCAUAGCCAAAGACACAAUUUUACUUCGGUAUCACCCAUUGGUGCAUGCAUGGGCAAACGAAAAGACAACUCCUGAGAGCACAUCUUUACAUCUCAGGAUGGCCAUCACCAUCAUAUCCACUUCCAUAGACUCCAUAUCCCCCUCUCAUUCUCAGUACUUAUCCCCACAUAUUAUAUCGAUUGCGGAGAGAGCACAUUUGAGCGAAUUACAUAUCACGGAUUUGACUAUAAUGGGAGAAUUUAUAGGAAGUGGAGUGUCUAAAGUCUCACUCAAUCUACUUGAAGAGGCUGCAAGGCAGCUGAAAGAAAGAGUUGUAUCUUCCUCUUCAAGUACUGCCGAUGUUUAUAAUGCUCUUGCCGGGGCUUAUAUAGGAGCAGGAAAAUUGGACAAAGCCGAGGAGAUGCUGCUACAGGCACUGGAAACCGAACGCAGCUUGUCAGGUGAUAACCAUUUGGAGAUUAUGAAACUAAAUCAGGGUCUCGGAGGUGUUUACUGGUUCAUGGGUAGAUACAAGGA